AUGGGUAGCUUCGACCUGCGGAUCCUCGAGCAAGGAGGACUCAGCUUUGAAGAUUUGAAGACAAAUGUCUCCAAAGUUGCGCACGAGCUGGAAAGAGAUCGGAAAGCGCUCAAACAUCUCAAGUCAAUCUUCAGAGAUGUUCCGAGCAGCAUUCUUGAGCAGACCAAGCACGAGAAGUCAUUGAGCAAUACGAUAGUCGACCAUGCGAUUCCACACACUUCCGACAAAGAAACGAGCGAGUGUUUUUCGAAAUACAAUGAUUUCAUCAACGAACUCAUCAAAUUACAAGAGUCCUAUUCGCGUCAAAUGAAGUCCAGUCUCUGUGAUCCGAUCGUCUCAACCGUGAAUUCGCUCAAAAACCUCGACACCGUGCGAAAAGACUGGGAUAGCGCGAAAACGGAAUACGAACGGAAAAGCAAGAAAGGAGUAGCGUUGCAAACCGAACAACCGAAUUUGAAACGCUGCGCCGCCGAGUAUUUCAAAAAGAGACAACGCGCCGAGUCUGGAAUUGGCACAAACUUGGCGUUUUCGUUGAUCGAGUUCUCGCAGAGACAGACGGAGUACUUUCAGGAAGCGUUGGACCUUUCGAAACGAUUACAAAUUGACCUUGAGCAGCGACAACCGAAGAUUGCUCAGCAAAGGAAAAAUGAUGAAGUCACUUUGCAAAGGCUUGAUGAAAUCUCAAAAAAGUACGGCGGCAGUUCACACAACGAGUCGUACUCUGUCCACCAGAAUCUGAUCGCGUCAAACUCGAGUGCGGGCGAGACGAAGAAGGGGACGGUGUUCGUCAAGCGUCGCCACUUAGUGUCAAUCGUUCAAGGUUUCAAAAAGCGCGUGGCUCACGUUCGCGAGGACGGCUACUUCGAAAUUUAUCACAACAACGCGAUGGAGACGCGGAUCAAUCUGCUAACAAGCUCCGUCAAGCGCGAUCAAUCGGAUAGAAAGGCCUUCGAGUUGACCGCAGCAGAGAAGAAUAAACCCUACAUCAUCAUGGGCACUACUGAGCCGGAAACGGAGAAUUGGGUCCAAGUCAUCCAAAACGCUAAAAACGCUCUACUGAACAAAUACUUCGAGCCCUCUGUCGACGAAUUGACAAAAAAGAUCCUCGCCGCGGUGAAAUCCGUGCCCGGCAAUGAUUGCUGCGCCGAUUGCGGAAGCAGGGCGCCGACUUGGUUGAGUUUGAACUUGGGCAUUUUGGUGUGCGACUUUUGCGCUGGCGUGCAUCGCGAAAUUGGCGUCAAUUUCUCCAAAAUCAGAUCAAUUACGCUCGAUGAAUGGGGCACUGCGAAUCUUCUCGUAGCGAGAAAUCUUGGGAACGAAAUUUUCAAUGAAGUCUACGAAGCAAAUCUGCGCCUAAGCGAAAAGCCAGACACAUCAUCAUCUUCAGAGCAUCGAACAAAUUUCAUCAAACAAAAGUACAUCCACAAGCGUUUCAUCCAAAAAACAGUCUACUCGGAACAAGAGGGCAUUCAAGCGCUAGAGUCCGCGAUCCAAGAGUCCGACAUCCAUGCUAUCUUGCAAGCUUACGCUGAAGGGGCGAGACCGGAAGCGAAAAGAGACCAAAUUGGCUUGAGCUGCUUGCAUCUCGCUGUUGAAUUUGGACAGUUGCACAUUGUCGAAUUUUUAUUGCAAAAUGCUAAGGACUCGCCGGACGGGCCAGUCGAUUCUAGAGGCAAUACGUUGCUGCAUCACGCGCUAGAGCACUACUGCGGCAAAGAUUUAUGCAAACUCAUUUUGAGAAAAUACCCGAAUGAUGCAUUCAAGUCUAACUACCUCGGAAAACUGCCCUCAGAGUGCACAAACAGCAACGAAAUUAAAUCAAGCCUGAGGGAUAUCGAAGGGCAGCCGGACAAGUUUAAGCUUUUGAAUGUCGACUAUCAGUGGAAUUUCGAGCGUAGCAAUGGCGAAUCAGAUGAUGAAGGGCUAGAUGAUCCAGCAUCUAUGAGCAUGAGCCGGUCGAGACCGAUGAGCACAUCGACCAAUCCAGCGCCAUCAGCGAAAACUCCGAAUACUCCAAGUUUGACGACGUUUUCCUCGAUGGAUCCACCAUCGACAGAUGCUAAUUUUCUCGACCGCUCUACUGCGGAUUCGAUAACAAGCUCACCAAUGAAAACUUCCAGCCCCUCGCGCUCCAAAUCACAGCGGACGAGCUCAAGCUCGAGCAAUAAAAUUCUUCAACAUGUUCCACAGUUCACCACAAAAAAUGAAGACGUCAUGGAUCAGCUUCGGCAACGGCUGAAGGAUCCGAAUCCGAGUAUUCCGAGAAAUAUCGCUCUCGUGCCGGAUCGUCACACUCCAGAUCGACCGGUUGCUCGUACACGUGGAUCCCAAAGCACAAAGGAGCCGCGGGUAAAACUAAGACCAACUGGAAGCAACAGUUUCAGAGACAAUCGGCGCUCCCAAGGAGAUUCUCUCAAUCGCUCGGCAAAUUACCGAAACUCCGCUGAGUUCUCGAAUCCGACUCCAAAAGCAAGAACAAUCAUCCCAUCCAUUCAUAAAAGUCAUUCUCCAAGCUCAACUCUUGUCAAACGAGAUAGUCAUGAUUAUGCAGAAGUAGGAAUACUCGAGUCGACAAAAACAUCGCCAAGUUCGCGUUCAAACACAUUCCAAUCCCAACCUUCGCCAAAUAAUUCCCUUUCCUCGAAGGAUGACUACAAGCGCAAAUCGCGAAGUCUCGAGUCCACACUUCGCUCUGUCGAUUCUUCCAACAAUUCUAGCGUCAGCAGGAAUAGCUCCUUUAGCUCAAGAACAUCCAGGCAAAAGCCACCAUCUGAACCUGAGCAAGCGAUUUUGCCCGAACCAGUGCUGGAGCAAAGCAGGUUGCCGUCAAGAGUGAGGGCGAUCUACGACUGCGACGCUGAUGACGAUGACGAAUUAACUUUCGUCGUUGGAGAGUACAUCACAAUUACUCGCGAAGAGGAAGAAGGCUGGCUCCAUGGACACAUCGAAUCGCAGCCUCAUCGCGCUGGUCUCUUGCCUCAAAUCUUCGUGGAAAUCCUCGAAUAUCGCUGA